GGUCGUCACGGUGCUGUAUCUCUAAAUAAGUAACUGAAAAUUCAAUAGAUUACUGUACUGAAGUGGUCAUUACCUCUUUAAGAAGAGCAUCCGUCCUAUCACCACUUUAAGGAGAGCUGUGGCAGAGUUUGCGGCCUCGGGAAGUGCUGGGAGCGCGGAGCUGCCGCCUGCCGCCAUGAAUCCGGACCUACGCAGGGAGCGCGAGUCGGCGACCUUCCUCACCGAGAGCCUCACACAUCUCCUGGAUGGCGGGCCCGAGAAAACCCGGCGUCGUCGGGAGAUCGAAUCUCUUGCACUUAAUGAUCCUGAGCUCCAACAUGAAGACCCGAACUUCAUGACCUAUAGUGAGCGUUAUGAUGUAGCAGUGAAGAAGAGUUCUCUGAUGGUUAAAAAGAUCCAGGAAAAUGCUAUCUCAAACCCAGAGGAAAUCAUGUUCUUCAAGAGGUAUGUGCAUCGUGGACGGCCUGAGCCUCUAGAUCUCCACCUAGGCAUGUUUCUGCCCACCAUUCUCAACCAGGCUACUCCUGAACAACAAGAUCGCUUCUUCAUGCCAGCUUGGAAUCUUCAAAUCAUUGGCACCUAUGCACAGACUGAGAUAGGCCAUGGCACAUUCAUCCGUGGUUUGGAGACAACGGCAACAUAUGAUCCUUCCACCCAAGAGUUUGUGCUGAACAGCCCAACUGUGACAUCAAUCAAAUGGUGGCCUGGAGGAUUGGGGAAAACUUCAAACCAUGCCAUUGUCCUCGCUCAGCUUUACACCCAAGGCCAGUGUAAGGGGCUGCAUGCUUUCAUUGUGCCCAUCCGCAAGAUGGGCACCCACGAACCCUUGCCUGGUGUGGUAGUGGGUGAUAUUGGACCGAAGUUUGGAUAUGAUCAGGUGGACAAUGGCUUCCUAAAGCUGGAGAAUAUCCGAAUUCCUCGUGAAAACAUGCUAAUGAGAUAUGCAAAGGUGAUGCCAGAUGGGACUUACCUGAAGCCUCCAAGUGAUAAGCUAACGUAUGGUACAAUGGUCUUCAUACGUUGCAUGAUAGUGGGAGAAUCAGCACAUGUAUUGUCUCAAGCAUGUACCAUUGCUGUCCGUUACAGUGCUGUCCGACACCAGUCAGAGCUGAAACCUGGUGCUCCAGAACCACAGAUACUGGAUUAUCAGACUCAACAGUACAAGCUGUUUCCCUUAUUGGCAACUGCCUACGCCUUCCGCUUUGUGGGAAACUUCAUGAGAGACAUGUACCAACGUAUCACUGGGGAUAUCAACGAUGGAGACUACAGUCAGUUGCCUGAGCUUCACUCCCUGUCUGCCGGACUGAAGGCCUUCACCACCUGGGUGGCCACUGCAGGAAUUGAGGACUGUCGUAUGGCUUGUGGGGGUCAUGGGUACUCGCGCUCCAGUGGUCUCCCUGACAUCUAUGUCACAUUCACACCCUCCUGCACUUACGAAGGAGAGAACACGGUGAUGAUGCUGCAGACUGCUAGAUACCUGUUUAAGAGUUAUUCUCAGGCUAAGUCUGGACAGAGGCUGUCGGGCACCGUGUCGUACCUGAGUGACUUACACAGCCACAUCCAGCCCCAGCAAGUAGCUAGCCGGCCCCCAGUGAUCGACAUCGAUGAUGUCAGGAGGCUGGUGGAAGCCUACAAACUGCGAGCAGCCAGUCUAGUUGAGGGAGCUGCACAUAAUUACCAUGUAGAGCUGGGACGCAGAAACAGCAAGGAGGAAGCCUGGAACAACACUGCCAUCGAUCUGGUCAGAGCAUCAGAGGCUCAUUGUCACUACGUGGUAGUGAAGCUGUUUGCAGCCAAGCUGUCUGAGAUCACAGACGUCUCAAUCCAUGAUGUUCUCUGUACGCUUUUCCAGUUGUAUGCCCUGUAUGGAAUCAGCAAGAAUUCGGGAGACUUUUUACAUGCUGGGAUCUUUAACGACCAGGAGAUUUGCCAGGUGCAGCGACGUGUGAAGGAGCUGCUUGCUGCAAUCCGACCCAAUGCUGUGGCUCUUGUGGAUGCCUUCGAUUACCCCGACGCCAUUCUUUCAUCAGUGCUUGGCCGCUACGAUGGCAACGUUUAUGAGCACAUGUUCGAAUGGGCAAAAUGUUCACCUCUGAAUAAAACUGAGGUUCAUGAAUCAUUCUACAAAUAUCUGAAGCCCCUGCAAUCCAAACUCUGAGAGUCUGCUGAUGGUUCUUUGCACAAGAAGUUGGACACAGCCGUAGAUCAAACUCUAAAUCUUUAAUUUCAGUCCUUACAGCUGCUG